AUGGUCGAGCUCCGAAAGCGUCCUGCUCCUCCACCCUCUGCAGCACCACCGUCCAAGAAGAAAUCCACCGCCAAACCCAAAGCGAAGAAGGAAGUCUCACCAGCUGCUCCGACGAAGAUGGAGAACGGCACCUCAGCGCCUCCGGUCGGCAGCACCAUCACCCUCGCAGGCUUCGGCGGUGAAGUCCAAACUCAUGACGAAACCAAAGUCACCCUCGCGAAACUGGUAGAAGAUAGCAAAGCUGGUGUUGUGCUGUUCACGUACCCAAAGGCGAGCACGCCUGGUUGGUUCAUUGAACAAGGCACGACACAAGCCUGCCUCUUCCGCGACGCCUACGCACCCCUCACCGCUACUGGGCUGAGCAUCUACGGCUUGAGCAAUGACAGCCCGAAAGCGAACACCUCGUUCAAAACGAAGCAGGAACUGCCCUACCCCCUCCUCUGCGACCCAGAGCAAACCCUCAUCGGAGCCAUUGGGCUGAAGAAGGAGGGGAACAAGACCACUCGCGGCGUUUUCGUCGUCGAUAAGCAGGGCAAGGUCCUCGCGUCCGAGCCAGGUGGUCCGGCGCCGACGGUGGAGGUUGUGAAGCAAGUGGUGGCGAAGAUGGGCGGGUCGAGCGAUGCAGACGGGCUGGGAAAGGCGGAGGAGAGGGCGAAGGGGGAGGGGGAGAAGGCGGGGGAUAAGCGGUCGGCGGAGGUUGCUGCUGAUGUUGCUGAUGAGGCGGAUAAGGCGAGGUUGGAUCGGAGUAAGGCGAGUACGCCGGUGGUGUCGUAG